AUGGGGAACUGCUGCUGGACCCAGUGCUUCGGGCUUCUCCGCAAGGAAGCGGGACGGCUCCAGCGGGGAGGCGGCGGUGGAGGGUCAAAGUACUUUAGGACAUGCCCAACAGGCGAACAUUUCACAAUAGAGUUUGAAAAUCUAGUAGAAAGUGAUGAAGGAGAAAGCCCAGGAAGUAGUCAUAGGCCCCUUACUGAGGAAGAAAUAGCUGACUUAAGAGAGAGGCAUUAUGAUUCUAUUGCUGAAAAACAGAAAACAUUUGAUAUGAAAAUUCAGAGAGAGUUAGCCUUACAAGAAGAGAAGUUAAAACUAGAAGAAGAAGCUUUAUACGCUGCACAGCGUGAAGCAGCCAGGGCAGCAAAGCAGCGAAAGUUCUUGGAGCAAGAAAGGCAAAGGAUUAUGCAACGAUCUCAUCCUUCCAACACUGGAGAAUAUCAAAGUUCAGGGGCUGAAGAAGACUUUGAAUCCUAUUUGAGAAAUAUAAAAUCACAAUAUGAAGUUUUCCGAAGUAGUAGACUUUCAUCAGAAGCCACAGUUUUGACACCAAAUACAGAAAGUAGUUGUGAUUUAAUGACCAAAACCAAAUCAACAAGUGGAAACGAUGACAGCACGUCCCUAGAUCUAGAAUGGGAAGAUGAAGAAGGAAUGAAUAGAAUGGUCCCUUUGAGAGAACGUUCCAAAACGGAAGAGGAUAUUCUUCGGGCUGCAUUAAAAUAUAGCAGUAAGAAGACUGGAAGUAAUCCUACCUCAGCUUCUGAUGAUUCUAAUGGGCUGGAGUGGGAGAAUGAUUUUGUUAGUGCUGAAAUGGAUAACAAUGGCAAUUCCGAAUAUUCUGGAUUUGUGAAUCCUGUUUUAGAACUGUCUGCCUCUGAGUUAAAGACAUUGGAAGCAGAUCAGCAGGACAGAUAGGGUGAAUCUUCUGGCCU